CGCUGCCGGAAUUCAACCAUGCCGUCGCACAAGACUUUCAUGAUAAAGAAGAAGCUGGCGAAGAAGCAGAGGCAGAACAGGCCAAUCCCAUAUUGGAUCCGCAUGCGCACUGACAACACCAUCCGGUACAACGCCAAGCGCCGCCACUGGCGUCGCACCAAGCUCGGCUUCUAAGUUCUAACCAUAUGCUUUUUCAAGUCUUCAUUUUGUCUUUAUCCAUUAUGUCAUGUUUUGUUGCGUUAGAAGUCAGUGAUUUUGAUUUUCUACGUAGUCGGAAUUAGAUAGCAGGUAAUAUGAUUAUCAUGGUGUAAGACUUUGAAUUGGGUUUUCUAUUACUGUUAUACUGUGCUCUCAAUUGAAACCAGAAGUUGGUCUGGAGAUAAGUGGGUUAUUUCUCUUAUUUCA